UCUCCCCUUGCCUGCCUGGCACCUCAAUCUCAUGGCUGCUGAACCGGCGCCGACGCAGACGCAGACACAACAGCCAGAGCAGUCUUCUCCCUCGGAAAGCAGACACCGGUGCUACCUCUGCUCCCGGACCUACGAGCGACACGACCACCUCAGUCGACACCUCAAAAGUCACGACAACGAGCGCGCCUACCGCUGUACCGAGUGUGGCAAAGGCUUCAACCGCGCCGACCUGCUCAACCGCCACCGAGCCGCCCACUCCAAAACCUCUGCAGGCGAUGUCUUCCGGAAGCGCACCCCUCGCGCAUGUGAGGCUUGCAUCAAGGCCAAAACCAAGUGUGAUGAUGAUCGGCCGUGCAAGCGCUGCAAGUCGCGAGAUAUGACCUGCGUCGAUAGUGAUGCCCGCAGUACUUCGCAGGAACACGCUUCUUCCACCUCACAGCCCGAGUCCCACAGCAGCAGCAUUAGCAGCGGUGGUGGUGGCGGCGGUGGUGGUGGUGGUGGUGGCGUAGCGCAGAUUCCCACGCCGGCUUCGAUGCCGCAUGCACUCGAGGAUAAUAACAACUCGCUUCCCAGUGCCAGCCUGGUCAACCAAUUCCCCAUCGGUCAGGACGUCUUCACCGAUCCGCUGGGCAUGGAAUGUUAUGGCUUUCCGGACUCGUCCUUCUUUGAAUCCAUCAUGAUGCCCGAUAUGGCCAAUAUGGCGCAGGUCCAGAUUCAAAUGCCGCCCGACGUAUCCGACUUCACCCAGGACUUUGACCUGAGUGGUGUCGACUUCGACUUUGGUUUUCUCAAAAGUGGACUGACGCGGCCUUCGACUCCCUAUGAAACCGCGGAUGAUUCGUCCGUGACGACUAGCACUGAUCCGCACGGUGAUGCUCGACUCCGGUCGGAGGCAUUCAAGAAGUCUCCGUGGUCGUGGAGCCACUGGAUACCGGAACGCAACCAUGGCUGCUUCACGGGUCAAGAGGAGAUCAACGUGCAGCAGGAUGCCAUUGAGACCCAUGACCAGCAUGUGAGCCCCAGCGUGCGACGCUCGGUGCAUUGCGAGCUGGACCAUGAAGCGCGAGAUCGUAUGAUCCGAGUCGUUACCAAAGUCGCCUACUCUAAGGUCUCUAUGCCCUCCUUCCCGUCGUUGCAACUGCUCGAGGAUCUCAUCGAUGUAUCCCUGCUGCAGGACAGUAACGCAGUCGAUGCAUAUGUGCACGCCUCGUCCUUCUCGGCACGACAUACGCGGACUGAGCUCCUCAUGGCCAUGGUCGCGGCCGGAGCUCGUUACGUUGCACUCCCGCCGGUGUGGAAGAUGGGGCUCAUCAUCCAGGAAGUGGUCCGUUUGGCAAUGGCAGAAGUCUUUGAAGCCGACAAUAGUGCCACCCGAGACAUCCAGUCUCUGCAAACCUAUAUGCUAUGGCUCGACAUUGGUAUCUGGAGCGGUUUCCGGCGAAAGACUGAAAUUGCGAGUUCCUUUUUGCAACCUGCUGCGACUAUGCUGACCUGGGCAAGCGCCUUCACACGAUCUCGCUAUCAGGAUAUCAUCCCCUAUCCGGAGGAUGACGAUGAGGCUCUCGAUCAGAAAUGGCGCUCGUGGAUCGAGCAGGAAGGGCUGAAAAGGCUGGUCUUGCACACAUUCCUGCAUGACUCUCAAGUGGCCACUACGCAUUUGAAGAAUCGUCUUGUAUCACCUGCACAAAUGAUGCUUCCUGCGCCCAUGACGCUCGAUCUGUGGCUGGCCCCGAAUUCGCAAGCCUGGCGCAAUAUUUGGAUCGCGAGACAACCGCCCUCGCAGAGUGCAAUGCCAUCUAUGAUGGAGAUAUUCGGCAAUCUUGGACAGCUCGACGCAUUGGGCAACGUCGUCGACAAGCCAUUAUGUACGCUGGCCGCAUGUCACGCGCUCGCCCACGAAGUGUGGCAAUGCAGGCAACAGGCCGUCCUCCUUGCGAGUUGGCAAGCCCAGGGUCGACGUGAUCGCUGGCUCGCAUAUCAACAUCGACAGAGAGAUCUUCUAGACGACCUCAUGACCGUACACGCCUUUUGUGAGACACAACAGAGUGUCGCACCCGAGAUUCUCUUUACCAUUGAAUUCUUAAUCAUGUCACUGCAUGUUUCACUCGAAGACAUCCUACUGUUCUCCGGCAAGUCGGGAGAAGAAGAGGCGCGCAAAGUGUACCCUCGCAUUCGUACAUGGACUCAGGACUCGGAGGCAAGGAUUGCAGUCUGGCAUGCGGGCCAAGUACUGCGUGUCGCUCGCACUUUUGAGCAGACGAGGCUGCGAGACUUUUACGCAGUGGCGGUCUACCAGGCGACCCUGACGCUAUGGGUCUAUGGCAUGGUCACAUCCAACACUGCACGCAAGAGUGGCGAACCCACGCCCAUGCCGGGGGUACAGCCGUCCACCGAUACCUCUCACGACAUGCUCGCUCCGGUCAAUCGAGUAUUCCUGGACGAUGACAAUGACAAGGCCGCCAAAUCCUUCAAACUGAUCGGGCAGGGCGAGGCGGGCCUCAGAAAUCGACAUGGACCGCAAGAGGGUGCGAGUUGGAAUGAAGCCAUGAACUUCUGCUCACUACACAACUCCAAGGGAGUGAUGUUCAUCUCGGGGGAUAUUUUGAAGAACAAUUUCCCCAAAAGUAGGAAUGGGUUGCCACCUUUGGUAGAGAACUUGGUGAAUUUGAUUAGCGAACUUGGAAAGCUCUCGGGAAAGUGAAGCAAUAAAUUUCACAAAUGAUCCUUGGCCCACAGUUCCCAUGACACGGAUGCCAGUAUCCGGUGACAUCAACCUCAAGAGUGUUCGUGAGAAGGAACACUCCACAUCCAUUGUCAUGAAUUAUCCGUGCGAGGAUGACUUUGUGAAGAAAUGACUUCCACACAAGUGUGACGAACAGCCAAAGUAUGGGACCCCGACUCAGACAUAGGUACCCAAGCAACACCGCGCUUCUCGCCGACGCUGCAUUUGGGAGACGAAAUCGAGCAACGCAUGUCUUACUCGAGACGCGACUAAGGAGGUCUAUAUACCAAACUUCCUCCCGGUAACAACGUACUGGACUACUAUGAUUUAGAUACCCUCUCUCUCUGUCUCUCUCCAGAGCAUGUGUCCGUGCCAGCCACGGCAUAUACUGCGGGAUGCACUACAGAAUAGCAACUAUAGAAUAGACAAUGGCUGGCACUACCGUUGCGACAGUUUUACGACAACGUUGUAGAUCUGGAGUCGAUCAGGAGAGGGGAGUGUGGAGUGUGGAGAGCCCCAGCCUAGACUACCGUCCAUACCUAUCGACUACCGUGGGUGUAUGCUCCCCUGAGGACGGGGGGACUGCAGUGUUGGCCAAUAGAAGUGUUGUCCCAUCAGCCGUGUGUCUCAUACCUACCUCCCAAGGUACUACGGUGGUAUGUCGUCUAAUAGCCUCACUCGUCCUGCAUAGCAAGCUUGAUCGAAAAGCUUGUCGACCCCGAUCCGGUGGGAGAUGUGGACAGCCGGAAGUCCCACUGGGCCUGGAGAAGCUCGGAAGCUCCGUCAUCGACCGCUACAAUGCCAAAGUGGAACCAGAGCUCCAUGAGCCGGCAUUUAGCUCUCGCCGACACGUCCGCCGACGCGUCUCACAAAACUGCUUUAAUCCAGAGUGUAUGCCCUUGAGUUGGCACUGACAACGUUGGACUGACUCAACCACCCUCUGCCUACCACCAUUCUCGUUGAGAACUCCAUUUCAAUAUGCCGAACAAAAUUCAAGACCUCCACAAGGUCGAUAAGGACUCGUUCCCGUACAUCUACGAAGAGAAUGCCACCAUCACGCUCAAGUCUUCCGAGGGGCUGGUCCGUGUGAACAUCUACCGCCCCAAGACCGACAAGCCUGUUCCCGUGCUCGUAACCUACGGUCCAUAUGGCAAAGACAUUCCAUAUGAGAACUUUUUCCCUUCGUCCUUUGCCGAACUGAACCCCGAGCAGAAAAGUACACACUCGGCGUGGGAGACGCCCGAUCCGGGCUAUUGGACAUCGCAAGGCUAUGCUAUUGUCCGAGCAGACGAGCGGGGUCUGGGACAGUCCCCUGGCUUCCUCGACACCAUGUCCAAAGGCACCUCCGAAGCCUUUUAUGAAGUUGUCGAAUGGUGUGCAGAUCAGCCAUGGUCGUCUGGCAAAACCGGUCUGUUGGGCAUAUCGUACUAUGCUGGUACGCAAUGGCGUGUGGCAGCUCGUCAGCCAAAGGGCUUGUCUGCCAUCAUUCCGUGGGAGGGUAUGAGUGAUUACUACCGUGACCGAUGCAGACAUGGAGGCAUUUUGAGUGACAAGUUCAUCGCGUUUUGGUGGAACCGCCAGGUCAUCACGAACCAGUAUGGCCGACCGGGUCGCAAGGCCAAGAACUGGGGACCGGAUACGCUCGAGGGCGAUUUGUCCGAGGAGGAGCGUGAGAAGAAUCGACGGGACCAAACGAUUGAUAACGAGAACUACCGCUUCCGGGACGAGGACUACUAUGCGAGCAAAGAAUUCAACCUGCAAGACAUCAAGGUCCCUCUGCUUUCUGUGGCCAACUGGGGUGGUAUUCUCCUGCAUUUGCGAGGCAAUGUCCAAGGCUAUGAAAAUGCGGGAAGUGAGCUGAAAUACAUUCGUUUCAUCACUGGUCGCCACGAUUUGCCCUUUUACUACAAGGAGGAAGUCGAGCUGCAGCGCUCCUUUUUGGAUGCCUUCCUCAAGGGUGAUGAUCGUGUCGGAUGGUCGCAAAAGGGCAAACUUCCUCCCGUGGACUUGGUACUCCGCAAAGGAGACGUGGGAUUCAACGAUGCCAAAGCCGAAAAGGCCUUUCCUCGCCGCACCGAAAACGAAUGGCCCAUUGCUCGCACACAGUAUACCAAAUACCACCUCCAGCCCGACAUGUCCUUGAAGACCGACGCUCCCGCGAGCCAGUCGUCCGCCAAGCCAGUCACCUACAAAGCUCUCGGCACACUCGACGACCCCCAAGCCGUCCAAUUCACAACGGCACCCUUUGAAAGCGAGACCGAAAUCACGGGCCACGUCGUCGCACGACUCUCCGUAUCCGCUUCGGCCGCAGCAGGAGGAAAACCGCCUUCGGACAUCGACCUCUUCCUCACCCUCCGCCACAUUUCCCCCGCCGGCAAAGAAGUUUUUUACACCGGCACAGCCGGCGACGCCGUACCCCUCACCAAAGGUUGGUUGCGCGUCAGUCUUCGCAAAAUCGCCGACGACCAUCCUCGCAAUCAGCCAUAUAUGCCGUAUCGCGAAUACAAGAGUACAGAUGUGCAAGAAGUCAAAGCAGGAGAAGUGUAUACGGUCGAUGUCGAAAUUUGGCCGACGAAUGUCGUGGUGGAGAAGGGAGGGAAAUUGGUGUUGGAGGUGGGAAGUGGAGAUACGCAAGGAAGUGGAAUUUUUCAACAUAAUUCGAAAAAGGAUCGGAGUGAGGAGGUUUUUGCGGGGGACAAUCAUAUUCAUUUUGGAGAGGGAAUGGAGAAUUAUGUGGUUUUGCCGGUGAUUCCUGAGAAGAAGUAAGUAGAUGAAAUGAAUUUACGGAAGAGCAUCUAGGUAGAUGGAUAUAUGUGAUCAAAGAAAUUUUCUCCAG